CGUGAAAGCCAAGCCGAAAGGGAAAGCCAGCUAGCUUCUCGUCACUGCCCAGUGCCCACACUCCUCAGUCGCCUCUUUCUCGAUCGUCUGUCGGUGCUCAUUCUUGCUCUCUCUCUCUCUCUCUCUCAGCUACUUCACAGCUCACACUUCUACCAUUCCACACAUUUCUUCUCCCUCUAACAAAUUAAAUAUUUCUCCUGUUCUUCUUAAUUUCCACCUUCUCCAAUGGUUUAAUACUCAUACUACAAACCCCUCUCUUCUAAGCUGUUAGGCUUUGACUGUAUCUCGGAGGUCAGAUCUGAAGUGAAGAUCUUGGGAUCACAGCGAAGCUGGCGACAACAGUGGUGUGGAGGUAUUCUGCCAGCAAUGGCAGCAGCCUUCCCAAUAAUGAUAUGGAAAGAAAUGGAGAUACUAAACCUCAUGAGUUAGAGCCACCAACUCCACAUUCUCUCAUGAAAAUGGGUUCAAGAGAUCGCAGUAACAUGGAGGACCCAGAUGGGACAUUAGCAAGUGUUGCUCAAUUGGUUGAGCAAAUGCGCAAGAAUUCAGCUUCUAUGCCGGAAAAAGAAACUCUGUUGAAACAAUUGUUGGAGCUUAUUGAUACACGAGAAAAUGCCUUCAGCGCUGUUGGGUCACAUUCUCAGGCAGUUCCAGUGCUUGUUUCUCUACUUCGAUCUGGUUCAUUUGGGGUAAAGAUGCAGGCAGCCACUGUUUUGGGCUCUUUGUGUAGAGAAAACGAGUUACGAGUAAAAGUUCUACUUGGAGGUUGUAUUCCUCCAUUGCUAGGUCUUCUCAAGUCAAGUUCUACAGAAGGUCAAAUUGCAGCAGCAAAGACUAUAUAUGCUGUGUCUCAAGGUGGUGCUAAGGAUCAUGUUGGCUCAAAAAUUUUUUCAACUGAAGGAGUUGUCCCAGUAUUGUGGCAACAAUUGCAGAAAGGUCUCAAAGCUGAAAACUUAGUUGAUGAAUUAAUAACAGGCAGUUUAAAAAACCUUUCUACCAGCACUGAGGGAUUUUGGUCUUCAACGAAUCAAGCUGGAGGGGUAGAUAUACUUAUCAAAUUGCUAGCUACUGGACAACCGAGCACUCAAGCAAAUGUGUGCUUUCUCCUUGCAUCUAUUAUGAUGGAGGACUCAUCCGUUUGCUCUAAAGUCUUGUCUUCAGAGGCUACAAAACAACUCCUUAAACUACUUGGACCUAGUAAUGAAGCUUCUGUGAGGGCAGAAGCUGCAGGGGCUCUUAAAUCUCUUUCUGCUCAAUCCAAAGAGGCCAGACGAGAGAUAGCAAACUCGAAUGGCAUUCCUGUACUAAUAAAUGCUACAAUAGCACCUUCAAAAGAAUUCAUGCAGGGCGAACAUGCUCAAGCUUUGCAGGAGCAUGCCAUGUGUGCUCUUGCAAACAUUUCAGGUGGCUUGUCAUAUGUGAUAUCAAGUCUUGGUCAAAGCCUUGAAUCAUGCACCUCACCUGCACAGGUUUCCGACACAUUAGGGGCUUUAGCUUCAGCUCUCAUGAUAUAUGAUAGCAAAGCAGAAAAUUCAAGAGCCUCAGAUCCUCUGGAGGUGGAACAGACACUGGUUAAGCAAUUUAAGCCUCAGUUACCAUUACUGGUGCAAGAGCGUACAAUUGAAGCCCUUGCUAGUUUGUAUGGGAAUGCUAUUCUCUCUAGAAAUCUUGCAAAUUCUGAUGCGAAACGCUUAUUGAUUGGUCUGAUCACAAUGGCAACUAAUGAAGUUCAGGAUGAAUUGAUACGGUCCCUUCUUGUUCUUUGCAAAAAUGAAGGUUCUUUAUGGCAUGCCCUUCAAGGUCGUGAAGGGAUUCAACUACUGAUUUCUCUUCUUGGACUCUCAUCAGAGCAGCAACAGGAGUGUGCUGUUGCUUUACUCUGCCUUCUGUCUGAUGAGAAUGAUGAAAGCAAAUGGGCCAUCACAGCAGCUGGAGGCAUUCCUCCACUUGUUCAAAUUCUUGAAACAGGGUCUUCCAAAGCUAAGGAAGACUCUGUAACCAUCCUUGGAAACCUCUGUAAUCACAGUGAAGAUAUACGGGAAUGCGUUGAGAGUGCUGAUGCUGUCCCUGCUUUACUAUGGCUGCUGAAGAAUGGGAGCUCCAAUGGUAAAGAAAUUGCUGCCAAGACAUUGAACCAUUUGAUUCAUAAAUCAGAUACAGCAACUAUAAGCCAACUCACUGCACUUUUAGCCAGUGAUCUUCCUGAGUCUAAAGUUUAUGUCUUAGAUGCAUUGAGAAGUUUGCUUUCCAUGGUCCCUCUUAAGGAUAUUUUGCGUGAAGGUAGUGCAGCAAAUGAUGCAAUUGAGAUGAUGAUAAAGCUCUUACACUCUGCCAAGGAAGAGACUCAGGCUAAGUCUGCAUCGGCACUUGCUGGAAUCUUUAGUCUCAGGAAGGACUUGCGUGAAAGUAGCCUUGCAAUAAGCAUUCUUUGUUCAGUAACAGAGCUUCUAAGUGUGGAAUCUAAAAACAUUUUAGUUGAAGCUUCUCGCUGCCUUGCUGCAAUAUUUCUCUCAAUUAGAGAGAACCGUGAUGUGGCUGCAUUUGCUAGAGAUAAGUUGCCUUCUUUGGUGGCACUUGCCAACUCUUCAGCGUUGCAAGUAGCAGAGCAAGCAAUAUGUGCUUUGGCCAAUCUUCUUUUGGAUGGUGAUGUUUCUGAAAGUGCUUUUCCUGAAGAAAUUAUCUUGCAUGCCACUAGAGUUCUGCGUGAAGGUACAACUGAUGGACAAACCCAUGCUGCCUCUGCAAUUGCUCGGCUUCUCAAAUCUCAUCAGAUUGAUUCUGGUUUAACUGACUGUGUUAACCGUAAUGGGACAGUUCUUGCUUUGGUAUAUUUUCUUGAAUCCACUACCGGUGGAUCUAUUGCUAUAUCAGAAGCAUUAGAUGCACUCUGUCAUCUUUCAAGGUUGGAAGGACCUGGUGAACAUAUUAAACCUGCAUGGGCAGUUCUUGCUGAAUACCCAGAUGGCAUUAUGCCAAUUGUUUCAUGUAUUGCUGAUGCUAGUCCAUUGUUGCAAGACAAAGCCAUAGAAAUAUUGUCAUGGCUCUGCCAAGCGCAGCCGAUUAUCCUUGGAGAAACAAUUGCUUGUGCUUCUGGAUGCAUAUCUUCAAUUGUGAGAAGGGUAAUCAAUUCCUCAAAUGCACGAGUCAAAAUUGGAGGAACUGCUCUCCUUGUAUGCACUGCAAAAGUGAACCACCAAAGAGUGGUUGAGGAUUUAAAUGAAUUCCAUUUACGUGUUCCACUAAUUCAAUCACUUGUGGGAAUGCUGAACCCCCUGGAAUCUUCUCAGUUGGCCGAUCAGGGGGACAAGGUUGCAAUAAACAUAUCCAGGAAUACUGAGAAUGAAUCAAAGAAGGAUGAAAUGGGAAGAAGUACUUCAGUUAUCUAUGGUGCCAAUAUAGCUAUAUGGCUGCUAUCUGUUCUUGCUAGUCGUGAUGACCAAAGCAAAAUUGAGAUUUUGGAGGCUGGUGGGAUUGACUGUCUUACCGAAAAAAUAUCUCAAUCUCUAUCCCAAUUUACUCAGAUUGAUUUUAAAGAGGAUAGUAGCAUAUGGGUUUGUGCACUGCCACUGGCAAUCUUAUUUCUAGAUAGAGACAUUAUUCGUGAACAUGUCACAAUACAAGCUUUACCAGUGCUAGCUAAUUUGCUGAAGUCAGAGGAGUCAGCAAACAGGUAUUUUGCUGCACAAGCAAUAGCCAGUCUUGUCUGUAAUGGUAGCAGGGGAACUCUUCUUUCUGUUGCAAAUUCAGGGGCAGCAGCAGGUCUUAUUUCCUUGCUUGGCUGUGCCGAUGAUGACAUUAGUGAUCUUAUUGAACUCUCAGAGGAGUUUGCUUUAUUGCGUAAUCCAGAACAAGUUGCUCUUGAAAGAUUGUUUAGGGUUGAUGACAUUAGGGUUGGGGCAACUUCUAGGAAAGCUAUACCAGCACUUGUUGAUUUGCUGAAACCGAUCCCAGAUCGCCCAGGUGCACCUUUUUUAGCUCUUGGACUUCUGAUACAGCUGGCUAAAGACUGCCCUUCAAAUAAGAUUGUUAUGGUUGAGUGUGGUGCCAUUGAAGCAUUGACUAAAUAUCUUUCACUUGGCCCACAAGAUACAACUGAGGAAGCAGCUACUGAUUUAUUAGGUAUCUUAUUUAGUACUGCUGAAAUCCGCAGACAUGAAUCUGCAUUUGGAGCUGUUGGUCAACUUAUAGCAGUCUUGCGUUUAGGAGGAAGGGCAGCAAGGUAUAGUGCUGCCAAAGCCUUAGAGAACCUGUUCUCAGCAGACCAUAUAAGAAAUGCAGAAUCUGUUAGACAUUCUGUUAAGCCUUUGGUAGAGAUUCUAAAUACUGGACUCGAGAAGGAGCAACAUGCUGCUAUUGCUGCAUUGGUUCGGUUGCUCAGUGAAAACUCAUCAAGAGCUGUUGCCAUUGCAGAUGUUGAGAUGAAUGCAGUAGAUGUUUUGUGCAGAAUUCUUUCGUCAAACUGUUCGAUGGAGCUGAAGGGGGAUGCUGCUGAGUUGUGUUCUGUUCUUUUCACCAAUACAAGAAUAAGAUCUACAAUAGCUGCAGCUCGCUGUGUGGAGCCAUUGGUUUCUCUUCUGGUUAGUGAAUUUAGUCCUGCUCAUCAAUCAGUUGUUCAUGCAUUAGAUAAACUGGUAGAUGAUGAACAGCUGGCAGAACUAGUUGCUGCACAUGGAGCUGUCAUCCCCCUUGUAGGCCUUCUCUAUGGUCAGAAUUAUAUGCUUCAUGAGGCUAUUUCUAGGACUCUUGUGAAGUUAGGGAAGGAUAGGCCUUCAUGUAAGUUGGAAAUGGUAAAAGCGGGGGUAAUUGAGAGCAUACUUGAUAUCCUCCAUGAAGCGCCAAACUUCCUCUGUGCUGCAUUUGCUGAAUUGCUAAGAAUACUGACUAAUAAUGCAGCCAUUGCUAAGGGGUCAUCUGCAGCAAAAGUGGUUGAGCCUCUUUUCUUAUUGCUGACCGUUCCAGAGUUUGGACAUGAUGGGCAACAUAGUGCUCUGCAGGUUCUUGUAAAUAUCUUAGAGCAUCCACAAUGUCGUGCUGAUUACACCUUGACAUCCCAUCAAGCAAUUGAACCUCUGAUUCCUUUACUUGAUUCUCCUGCUUCUGCUGUGCAACAGUUGGCAGCCGAGCUUCUAUCUCACCUUCUUUUGGAGGAGCAUCUUCAGAAAGAUCCUGUAAUGCAACAAGUAAUUGGCCCUUUAGUACGGGCACUUGGUUCUGAUAUACCCAUUUUGCAGCAGAGAGCUGUGAAGGCUCUUGUUUGUAUUUCAGUAACCUGGCCUAAUGAAAUUGCGAAAGUGGGUGGUGUAAGUGAACUUUCCAAAGUGCUAUUGAAUGCUGAUCCUUUGCUUCCUAAUGCUUUGUGGGAGUCAGCUGCUUCUGUCCUAGCCAGUAUCCUGCAAUGUAGCUCUGAUGCUUCUGAGUACUUGGAAGUACCUGUAGCCGUUUUGGUGAGAUUACUUCGGUCUGGCUUAGAAAGCACAGUGCUUGGUGCAUUGAAUGCUCUACUUGUGUUGGAGAGUGAUGACUCUACCACUGCUGAAGCAAUGGCUGAAAGUGGGGCAAUUGAAGCUCUUUUGGAGCUUCUUAGAUGCCAUAUCUGUGAGGAAACUGCUGCAAGGCUGCUUGAGGUGUUGCUGAACAAUGUGAAGAUCAGAGAAACAAAAGCUACGAAGUCAGCUAUUCUACCAUUGUCACAAUACCUCUUGGACCCACAAACCUUAGGCCAGCAAGCGAGAUUACUGGCGACACUUGCCCUUGGUGAUCUAUUCCAAAAUGAGUCUCUUGCUCGAACAUCAGAUGCUGUUUCUGCUUGCCGGGCAUUGGUUAAUCUGCUCGAGGAUCAGCCUACUGAAGAAAUGAAAGUAGUUGCAAUAUGUGCCUUACAGAACCUUGUUAUGUAUAGCCGAUCAAAUAAAAGAGCCGUUGCAGAAGCUGGUGGCGUUCAGGUUGUGCUUGAUAUUAUUGGUUCGAGUGAUCCAGAGACGUCUGUACAGGCAGCAAUGUUUAUUAAGCUUCUCUUUUCAAACAACACCAUUCAAGAAUAUGCCUCGGGCGAGACUGUCAGAGCUAUAACAGCUGCACUUGAGAAAGACUUGUGGGCAACAGGAGCUGUUAAUGAAGAGUAUCUGAAGGCUUUGAAUUCACUUUUUGGAAAUUUCUCUCGUUUAAGAGCAACAGAACCUGCUACGCUAAGUAUUCCACACCUGGUCACAGCCCUUAAGACCGGUACCGAGGCAAUUCAAGAAGCUGCCUUGGAUGCACUCUUCUUUCUCAGACAUUCUUGGUCAGCAUGCCCAGCCGAAGUAUCUCGGGCCCAAUCAAUUGCUGCCGCUGAUGCUAUCCCUUUGUUGCAAUAUUUGAUACAGUCGGGCCCACCUCGGUUUCAGGAGAAGGCGGAACUCCUAUUGCAAUGCUUGCCAGGGACGUUAGUGGUGAUUAUUAAGCGGGGUAACAACAUGAGACAGUCCGUGGGAAACCCUAGUGCUUACUGCAAGCUUACCCUCGGAAAUACUCCACCUGUGCAAACCAAGGUUGUAUCAACUGGCUCUAACCCCGAAUGGGAUGAAAGCUUUGCCUGGUCCUUUGAAAGUCCUCCAAAAGGCCAAAAGCUUCAUAUUUCGUGCAAGAACAAGAGCAAAAUGGGGAAGAGCUCGUUCGGGAAGGUGACUAUCCAAAUUGACCGCGUGGUGAUGCUGGGUGCAGUUUCGGGGGAGUACACGUUGCUGCCCGAAAGCAAAAGUGGACCUUCAAGGAAUCUGGAGAUAGAAUUCCAGUGGUCCAACAAAACAGAACUGUAGAAACACAUGGUUGGGAGGAUUUUUCCCAUUUUCUCCUGUUCUUUAAGUUUCAUUUAUAUCAAAUGUAUAUAGUUUCUUGCCUUCCUUGAUCUUGAGAAGACUAGUUGUUAGUCUAUUCUUUUGUAUCUUAUGUAUGUGGAAUCAUUGCUAAAGCUUUUUUUUGGUAAUCAUAUUUUGGUCAAAUGUUAGUUUUAAAACCAGUAGUUGCCAGUCUAUUCUUUUGUAAGUUGAGUCACUUUUGUACCUCCUGUAUUGUAUACAUGUGGAGUCAUUGCUUAGCUUCAUUUAAUCAUUUAUUGGUAUUCUUGUUUGGUCAAUUCUCAAACUCCAAGGGAACAUAAUAAACUCUUGUUUGGAUGACA